AUGCCAGCCGACAUUAUCCUCAGCAAAGAGUUCCUCUUCGGGCUCGACGUCUUCUCCCGCUUCGGCGAGUUCCUUGUCCAGUCCGACUCAGACCUCGACCUCGCAGGCCUGUACAACAUCCGGCUGAUUGGCGUGUACAGCGCCGAGCUGCUGGACCUUGAGAGCCAAUACCUCGACGACUUGAAUCUCCUGAAGCGCUUAGUCGGCUGA